AUGACCAGCCCAUCGGAGGAGACGCACACGCUGCACGACAAUAAACUAAGUGAUGUUAAUGCGAAAAAUAAAUAUGGCAGUACUCCUCUACACCUAGCUGCUUCGAAUGGUCAUUUGGAAACCGUAAAGUAUCUAGUAGACGAAAAGGCUGAUUUAAAUGUACAGAAUAAACAAGGCAGGACUCCUCUCCACGAUGCCGCUUUGAAUGGUCACUUGGACAUCAUAAAGUAUCUAGUAGACGAAAAGGCUGAUUUAAAUGUACAGAAUAAAAAAAGCAGGAUUCUUCUCCAAUAUGCUGUUUGGAAUGGUCACUUGGACAUCAUAAAGUAUCUAGUAGACGAAAAGAAGGCUGAUUUAAAUGUACAGAAUAAACAAGGCAGGACUCCUCUCCACGAUGCCGCUUUGAAUGGUAACUUGGACAUCAUAAAGUAUCUAGUAGACGAAAAGGCUGAUUUAAAUCUACAGAAUAAAAAAGGCAGGACUCCUCUCCACUAUGCUGCUUGGAAUGGUCACUUGGACAUCAUAAAGUAUCUAGUAGACGAAAAGGCUGAUUUAAAUGUACAGAAUGAAGAAGGCUGGACUCCUCUCCACUAUGCUGCUUCGAAUGGUCACUUGGAAACCGUAAAGUAUCUAGUAGACGAAAAGGCUGAUUUUAAUGUACAGGAUAAAGAAGGCUGGACUCCUCUCCUAGCUGCUGCUUUUGAUGGUCGCUUGGACAUCAUAAAGUAUCUAGUAGACGAAAAGGCUGAUUUAAAUGUACAGAAUAAAGAAGGCAGGACUCCUCUCCACUAUGCUGCUUCGAAAGGUAACUUGGAAACCGUAAAGUAUCUAGUAGACGAAAAGACUGAUUUUAAUGUACAGGAUAAAGAAGGCUGGACUCCUCUCCUAGAUGCUGCUUUUAAUGGUCACUUGGACAUCAUAAAGUAUCUAGUAGACGAAAAGGCUGAUUUAAAUGUACAGAAUAAAGAAGGCAGGACCCCUCUCCACGAUGCUGCUUCGCAAGGUAACUUGGAAACCGUAAAGUAUCUAAGGACUCCUCUCCACUUAGCUGCUUUGAAUGGUCACUUGAAAACCGUAAAGUAUCUAAUAGACGAAAAGAAGGCUGAUUUUAAUGUACAGAAUAAAGAAGGCUGGACUCCUCUCCUAGUUGCCGCUUUUAAUGGUCACUUGGACAUCAUAAAGUAUCUAGUAGACGAAAAGGCUGAUUUAAAUGUACAGAAUAAAGAAGGCAGGACUCCUCUCCACUGUGCUGCUUUGAAAGGUAACUUGGAAAUCGUAAAGUAUCUAGUAGACGAAACGAAGGCUGAUUUUAAUGAUAAAGAAGGCAGGACUCCUCUCCACUUUGCUGCUUCGAAAGGUUACAUGAAAACCGUAAAGUAUCUAGUAGACGGAAAGAAGGCUGAUUUUAAUGUACAGGAUAAGUUUGGCAACACUCCUCUCCUAGAUGCUGCUUUUAAUGCUCACGUGGACAUCAUAAAGUAUCUAGUAGACGAAAAGGCUGAUUUAAAUGUACAGGAUGAAGAAGGAAGGACUUCUCUCCACUAUGCUGCUUUGUAUGGUAUCUUGGAAACCCUAAAGUAUCUAGUAGACGGAAAGAAGGCUGAUUUUAAUGUACAGGAUAAGUUUGGCAACACUCCUCUCCUAGAUGCUGCAUUUAAUGGUCACUUGGACAUCAUAAAGUAUCUAGUAGACGAAACGAAGGCUGAUUUAAAUAUACAGAAUGUAGUAGGCAGGACUCCUCUCUUCCUAGCUGCUUUGUAUGUACGACUACGGUACGAGUUGGAGACACCAAUCUCGACAGCGAAGAGGAUGACGAAUAUGCACAACAGGUCGGAAUCGGCCGCAUCAUUAUGCACCCGCAGUACCGGAGAUCUAGCGUUGAUUCAACUGGCAGAGCCCAUCAGAUACUCGGCGGCAGUCUGUCCGGCGUGUCUGUGGCGAGAAUCCCUUGCUACCUAUGACAUCGGGUUCGGUAGUAUCGGUUUUGGAGAGGAACGUACUCGGUCGUUGAUGCGAACGGACGUACACAACACCGAGCAAUCUAGUUGCGAGGAGAUAACAGGACAAGAUUUUAGCAGUCAGUGGCGAUUGCCGGACGGAUUACGAGACGAUCAGUUCUGUGUGAACCGGGACAUUCUGGAAACCCAUGGACCGAUGGAUGGACCGUUCGGUGGACUGAUCGGUGUGAAACGGUUAACGGGAGGCUUUGUAGUUCCUCUGAUCGUGGGCAUCGCAUCAUUCAAUGUAUUGACAAAUCCGAUCGAAGUCUAUACUAAGAUCAGUUCUUACAUCGAUUGGAUCGAACGGGAGGUGAACCAAACUCUGACCGGUGAAGUGGCAGGGCAGGGCAUGUCCUUGCGCCAGGAUGUCCUAACGGCGGAGGUAGAGUAA